UUUUAGAAAUUAAAAAGCAAAACCGUGGUGCUGCAUAAAAGAAUCGGAAAUGCAUACGCAAAAGGAAACAACGUAAGAGGAAAAAGAAAAGAAGGGAACAGUGAUGCCGCUGAACCAGAGACCCGACGGAGCUGCGACGCGAGGCGACCGGAACUGUGACGUGGACGAGCGGAGCUACGGCGUCGAAGGCGAUGAAGCUCAAACUCGAGAUCACGAAAUAGAUAAAAACACCAGCAAUAAACAAGAAAUUGGAAGAUGACAGCAAAACCGUCUUAAGCAAAUCAUAUACAAGUACAGAACUCAAGACAGUUGCCAGAGCAAAUAUGCUGCAAAAGAAAAUACAAAAGAAACCCAAUAAAAAAAUCAACACACCAUUCAACACAGAAAACAGCAUGCAUGCUCAAAAAGCAAUUACCGAUCAUCAUAUACAUUGGACUUCCCCACACUUUCAAAUCCUUCGGUGUCAAGGUAAAAGACAGAAGUUCUUACUCCAUUAAUAUUAAGGCACAGAAUAAGGUUUCAUUUCUCUCAUGCCAGAAGGCGCUCCAAUACAAUAUUAGCUGAUCAAGAAUGGUAAUAGGAGCAACAUUGCAGCAUAGAUUUCUUCUUCAUUUCCGGCCUUUUUUGAGCCGAUGUCCUUCAGCUCGCUCAGUGUCUUCAUUGCAAAAGCUUGAGCAUGCUGUAAGAGAGGAAGUAGAAGUGAAAAACUAUGUUAAACUUCCUGACCUUUUCAUUUCCUUGGAGUCGUGCCAAAAUUCAAAUCCUUUCUCUUUCUUUUCUUCAUUGCCUCAUAACUUACGAGUGCAAAUUGUUGAUGAAAUUUUGCAAUCUUUUAUACCUAUCAGACCACGUUCCAAGCCUCAGCUAGCUUAUUCCUAUCUUCUUUCUUACACUCUUCAAAGCUCUCAUCCUUUCCCCCUUGCACUUGCUGUCCUACAACGGACUCUACGGUCUGGUUGCCUUCCGGUUCCUCAGACUCGUGUUCUCCUCUCAUCGGCUUGGUUGGAGAGGCGAUGCCUCUCCCAAUCUGUUGCUGAUAUUUUACUUGAGAUGCAAACAAUUGGAUAUACUCCUGACUGUGGGACUUGUAAUUAUCUAUUAUCAUCUCUCUGUGCUGUUGACCAACUAGUGGAAGCCGUUAAAGUCCUUCGGGGCAUGGGAGGGGCUGGAUGUAUACCAGACUCAAAUAGUUAUGGCACUGUAAUUGGUGCCAUGAGCAGAGUGAGAAAGACUACUGAGGCACAGGAUUUGAUGAAGCAAAUGGUGGUGCAAUAUGGUUUAACCCCAGGGCAGGGAACACUGGUGAAAUUGUUGGCAGCAUUACGGGCAAACAGGGAAAUAUGGAAUGCUGUUGAGAUUAUUGAAUUCAUGGAGAAAGAGGGUAACUCUGUCGGAUUUGAAAGUUAUGAGUUAGUGAUCGAAGGGUGUUUGGAGAAAUGUGAGUAUGUUUUGGCUGCAAAGGUUGCAACAGGGAUGACAGAAAGAGGGUUUAUACCAUAUAUAAGGGUCAGACAGAAGAUUAUUGAAGGUUUGGCCAGUAUCAAGGAGUGGAAGAUAGCUUGUGCUAUGAGACAUAGAUUUGCAGCACUUAAAUCUUAGUUGCUAAGUGACUUUUCUAUUAGGGUGUCCUACCAUUCAUAUUAAUUGUUAAGGUUAGCGUCAGCUGGCACUACCUUAUUUAUUUUUUAAUAAUUUUUUAGUUAUCAUUUGCAACCGACA